GGCGACUUUGAAGAAAUGGUCCCCUGUACGUACCCCAAUUUUAGUCAAUACCCCUGCAACCCUUACGCGAACACACAAUUUUCCUCUCUCAAUCCCAUAAUCUCCAAAAAAAUUCGCGAAAGUUUUCCGAAUCGUAGUUCGACAUCCAGACAACAUCCUGCAAACUAAACGUUCGUGAUCAUCGCUAUCGCAACACCACAACCGACAAUAUGUCUCACGAAUCCGUCUGGAACUCGCGCCCGCGAACGUACGGCAAGGGCUCUCGCUCUUGCCGUGUCUGCACCCACAAGGCCGGUCUGAUCCGCAAGUACGGCCUCAACAUCUGCCGUCAGUGCUUCCGUGAGAAGUCCUCCGACAUUGGCUUCAUCAAGCACCGAUAAAUGCCCUUUUCAGAAUGUGACUUUCUUUCCUACCACGAUAUCUCUCGCCGGGCAUCGUCAAUGCGACUGCGGAUAUGGAGUUGUUGGUUUGUUAUUAGGAACAGGGUUGAGCAGUUGCCUUUGAGGCAUUGGUACGGGUUUGCGUGGAAGGGAAAUGAGCAAACGGCUCUUCAAUCCGACUACCUAGACAGCUAAACCACCCCACGACAAUGCUUACGAGAAUUCGAUUAUGUUAUUCGUUUUUUAC